CCGGGAGCGGCCCGAUGACGUCACGGCGAAGUGGGCGGAGUUACCCAGUUCCCGGCGUGCUGUGCGGGUCCUGUGACAGGGAGGCGAUCGCGGGGUUUCCGGCUCUGUGUGUCGGUGCGGGUGACGCAGCUCCCGGCCCUCGGAGCCCGCAACAUGGAGGCCGUGCCCCGGAUGCCCAUGAUAUGGCUGGACCUCAAGGAGGCCGCGGAGUUCGGCUUCAACCAAGCUGUAAAACAGUUUGUUUUGAAGAAUUACGGGGAAAAUCCUGAAAAUUACAACGAGGAGCUAAAGAAACUGGAGCAACUGAGACAGAGUGCGGUGAACGUGCCCCGAGACUUUGAAGGAUGCAGCGUCCUGCGCAAAUACUUUGGCCAACUCCAUUACCUGCAGAGCCGCAUCCCCAUGGGCGUAGAACAAGAGGCUGCCGUCCCGAUCACAUGGACAGAGAUUUUCUCCGGGAAGUCUGUGACGCACGCGGACAUCAAGUACGAGCAGGCCUGUGUCCUGUACAAUCUAGGGGCUUUACACUCCAUGCUGGGGGCGAUGGACAAGAGGGUCUCUGAGGAGGGGAUGAAGAUCUCGUGCACUCACUUCCAGUGUGCGGCCGGCGCCUUCUCCUAUCUCCGCGAUCACUUUGCUCAUUCGUACAGUGUGGAUAUGAGUCACCAGAUCCUGAACCUCAAUAUAAACCUCAUGCUGGGUCAGGCCCAGGAGUGUCUGCUGGAGAAGUCAAUGCUGGAUAACAGGAAGAGUUUCCUGGUGGCGCGGAUCAGUGCCCAGGUGGUGGAUUAUUACAAGGAAGCCUGCCGAGCCCUGGAGAACACCGAGACCGCGUCACUACUGGGGAAGAUCCAAAAGGACUGGAAGAAGCUGGUGCAGAUGAAGAUUUACUACUUCGCCUCUAUCGCCCAUCUGCACAUGGGGAAACAGGCAGAAGAACAGCAAAAAUAUGGCGAGCAGGUUGCAUAUUUACAGAGCGCAUUAGACAAACUUAGUGAGGCGAUCAAACAAUCCAAGGGUCAGCCGUCCACGGUGCAGGAAGCCCUCCGCUUCACUAUGGAUGUCAUUGGUGGCAAGUUUAAUUCUGCUAAGAAGGACAAUGAUUUCAUAUAUCACGAGUCCGUUCCUGCGCUGGACACCCUGCAAGCUGUAAAAGGGGCUCCUCUGGUGAAGGCUCUUCCAGUCAACCCCACUGAUCCUGCCGUAACCGGACCUGAUAUUUUUUCUAAGCUGGUACCUAUGGCUGCACAUGAGGCGUCAUCUCUCUACAGUGAAGAAAAAGCAAAACUCCUGCGUGAAAUAAUGGCCAAAAUAGACGCAAAGAACGAAGUCCUUGAUCAGUUCACAGACUCCCUGCAGCUCGAUCCAGAGACUGUGGAUAACCUGGACAUGUACAACCACAUCCCACCGUCCUUGAUGGAGAAGUGCGCUGCGCUGAGUGUGCGGCCGGAUACAGUGAAGAGCCUGGUCCAGUCUAUGCAGGCACUGUCUGGAGUGUUCACCGAUGUGGAGGCGUCUCUGAAGGACAUAAAAGACGUUCUCGAUGAAGAGGAAAAGGAGGAGAAGAAAUUGCAGGACGAGGUAGGGAAAGCAAACCUUCCUCCGACUUCUUCAUCUGCAAUAGCUGAAGUGAGCAAAGAGUGGACAAAGUACAUGGAGGUGCAUGAGAAGGCGAGCUUCACCAACACCGAGCUGCAUAAAGCCAUGAACCUGCAUAUCAGCAACCUGCGACUCCUGAGCGGCUCUCUGGACCAACUACAGCAAGCACUACCAGCGCCAACUCUGACCGAGGAUGAUAAAACCGUUCUGCAGAACCUUAAGAGGAUCCUGGGGAAGGUGCAGGAGAUGAGAGAUCAGCGUCUUUCCCUGGAGCAGCAGCUACGGGACACUAUCCAGAAGGAUGACAUCACUACGUCCCUGGUCACCACCGACCGCUCAGAGAUGAAGAGACUCUUUGCUGAGCAGCUGAAGAAAUACGAUCAGCUGAAGGUUUAUAUCGAUCAGAACCUGUCUGCCCAGGAGAACAUCCUGAAGGCCCUGACUGAAGCCAACGUCAAGUACGCACCAAUAAGGAAGGUCCUUACAGAGUCUGAGCAAAAGUGGAACCACACUGUGCAGACCCUGAUCUCCUCCUACGAGGCCUAUGAGGACCUAAUGAAGAAGUGCCAGGAGGGGAGGGACUUCUAUGCAGACUUAGAAAGCAAAGUGGGCAAACUCCUGGAGAAAGCUCGGGCAGCAUAUGAGGCCUCCCAAGCCGUCCGCCUGCAGGUCCUGGACCGGGAAAUGAAGAAGAAGCCGCCUCCGCGUCCAACAGCGCCUAAGCCGUCCCUGGAGAAGAAGGUGUCGGACAUGGACCUGGAGAACCUUCCUGCCGCUGAUCUGACCGACAUUCAGCAGUUCUCCUCCCUCUUCCUGUCCGAUCUCCCAGAGGAGCUGAGGAGUUUACCCCCAGACGCCCUCCUGGCACAUUUAGACCAGUUGUCUGCAGAAAACAUGGGGGGAUUCCCAGUGGAUCCAGUAGCUGCAUAUGGUGGGAUCAGAAUGCCUGGCACAGAUGCCUACAGAGCUGGGAGAAAGGCUUCUGCCCCUCUGCCUGACCCACAAUCUGUGCCCUUCACCCAGGCUCCAUUCAAUGCUCUGCCUGGACAGAUGCCACGGAUGGCUGCGGGUGCUGCUCCCAGUCACAUCUUCUCACCCAAUUCUUAUGGUAAUCUUCCUCCUGUCAGCUCUGGCACUGCCCUCCCUCCGCAGCUGAUGCAUCCGUCUGUUAGUCAGCCCAGCAGAACGUGCCAGGUGCCGCCAUCUUCUCAGUCCCGGACUUCAGGAGUGUAUUCAGCAGGAGGACCGCCUGUUCAGCCACAUCACACGUCUACACCGAUGGCACCAGGCUACAUGGGUGCGGGCAUGACAGCACAGAGAACGUCACCUCAGCACAUGCCAGGGUCUGUCCCUGGUGCAGCUCACUUGGCUGGUCAGUAUAAGCCGGGAACCGCUGUUGGCUUUGGUAUGGGACCAGCACCAUCUGCCGUAUCCGGCCCUAUGAACCCAAACGCCCCACUGGCAAGUACCAACCGGCCUCCAGUCACACAGGGUAUUCGCCCAGCGACCACUACAGUGGACAGUAUACAAGGGCCCAUCUCAAGCUAUGCUGCACCCAGGAUGCCCGCUCAGGGGCCUACUCCAGCCCUGCAGUCCAACCAUCCUCAAGGUGGAUAUAUGGGAGCCCAUGUGCAUCCAGCAAUGGGUCAGAGCCAACCCUUCCCAUAUUCUCAAGGUGGGAUGCCGAAUUAUGUUCAGACACCUACACAUGUACCACCCGCUCAGCAAAACCAAAUGUUUCAUAUUCCUGGGCAGCCCCAGCCUAGAAUGGGCAUGCCGCCCCAGCCCCUUCCGGGACAAUCGCCAUAUGCAACUCCUGUGCAGCAUCAGUACAACCCCCAGAUGAGACCCCCAAUGUACCCACAGGGACAGCCCGCUCAUGUGCCUCUUGUGAACCCUGUGCUGCCUCAACAGCAAUAUCACCAAUAUGGGGUGCAGCCUCAGCACCCAGGGGGCCAACCCCCACAUCAAGGGGUCCAGCCUCAGCACCUGUCUGUCCAGCCCCCACAUCAGGGUGUCCAGCAUCAGCACCCUGGGGUCCAGCCCCCACAUCAGGGGAUCCAACCCCCACAUCAAGGGAUCCAGCCUCAGCACCCUGGGGUCCAGCCCCCACAUCAAGGGAUCCAGCCUCAGCACCCUGGGGUCCAGCCCCCACAUCAGGGUGUCCAGCCUCAGCACCCUGGGGUCCAGCCCCCACAUCAGGGUGUCCAGCCUCAGCACCCUGGGGUCCAGCCCCCACAUCAGGCUGUGCAGCCCCCUCACCACAUAAUGACGCAGCGGUAUCCACUUGCUCAUCAGGAUAACCAAGCUCAGCCACCUCUUCACCCGACUUUUCCUGGUGCCAUCAGCAGAGCGUCUCCACAGCCGGUUCAUACUGUACCCCUACCCAUUAGUCAACCAUCUCAGAUUCUCUCCCAUUCUGCUGCUCCUGGGUCUGCCCACCAGGUGGUGUCACCCAUGCCGUUUGGCCCCCCUGCAAGACACCCCAUUCCUCCAUCCAACACUAUAGUAAAUGCAGUUCCUCCUGGACCACAGAUGCCAAUGGUUGCACCUCCGACCCCGGGCCUCACCCACCAUGUACAGCCUCCUGGCAGCCCAGCGCUCAGCCAGAUUCCAGGUGGUGCCAUUGUUUCUGGAGCUGCAGCCAUUCCCUCUCCGGCACCUUCUCCGCAGCCAUCUCUGGUGGUGCAGCCUUCAGCGGUUCUUUCCUCCACAGCAUCUACCUCCACACCGAUGCCUCCCAGACCACCGCCUUCAUUGACGCCUGGAUCGGCCCCUUUAAGUCAAACGUCUACUGAACCAGUCUUUCACCGGCAGAGCUCCACCACAGACGAUCUCCUGUCCUCUAGUCCCGAGAGCCAACAUGGAGGCUCCAAGACCUCAGUGGGACUCCUGCAACCCACCAAGGCGGAUUCUAAAGAUGGACUCAAACCAAAGGGCAUCCAGCUGAUCGAGAACGACCCGUAUGAGAAACCGGAGCACAUCAUGCGGCUGCUGUCGGAGCUCGAACGCUUCAGGCUGGUGGUGGCGGCUCUGGACAAACCGGUGCCUGGUGCAGCCACCCAGCUGGACUCCAUGUGGAAAGAUUUCCAAGACGCCCAAGAGAAGGAGGCCAGGAACCUGUCCAUUGCCAUAGCCCGCUGUUAUACCAUGAAGAAUCGCCACCAGGACAUCAUGCCCUAUGACAAGAACCGCAUUGUCUUACAGUCUGGGAAGGACGAUUACAUUAAUGCCAGUAAGAUCGAGGACCUCUCCCCAUACUGCCCGACCAUCAUCGCAACCCAGGCUCCGCUGGUGGGCACCGCCGCAGAUUUCUGGCUGAUGAUUUACGAGCAGAAAGUCUCAUUGAUUGUUAUGUUGGUGUCUGAACCGGAGAUUGAGAAGCAAAAAGUUGUGCGUUACUUCCCUACGGAGCGCGGGCAGCCGGUUCUUCACGGACUCAUCACGCUGACGCUGACCAGCCUGAAGGUGGCCGACACACACGUGGAACGCGUCAUCUCCCUGCAGUACAAGGACCAAAGCUUGAAACGCUCCAUCAUCCACCUGCAGUUCACAUCCUGGCCGGAGCUGGGUCUUCCUGACAGUAAGGGGAACUUACUGCGGUUCAUCCAGGACGUCCACAAACACUACCUGCACCAGCGCCCUCUGCACAUGCCCAUCGUGGUGCACUGCAGUUCCGGUGUGGGCCGGAGCGGAGCGUUCUCCCUGCUGUACGCCGCCGUGCAGGAAGUGGAGGCCGGCAAUGGGAUCCCGGAGCUGGCGGAGCUGGUGAAGAAGAUGAGGCAGCAGAGGAAGCACAUGCUGCACGAGAAGAUACAUCUGAAGUUCUGCUACGAGGCGGUUCUGAAGCACGCGGAGCAGGUUCUGCAGAGACACGGCUUCUACACCCCCUCCGCCAGCAAGCCCCAGCCCAGCGCCGCGCAAAAGAUCUACAAUCUGCAGGAUCCUCAGGACCUGGUCCUCGGGGGGGACAUGCCCAUCAGCUCCAUCCAGGCCACCAUCGCUAAGCUGAGCAUUAAACCCAGCGCCGGCGGCACAGAGAGUGCCAAUCAUUAUCAGCCGCCUCCUCUGCCGGACACCAUUGAGCAGGCACCACAUGACACAGUCCAGGCCUUGUUCCCCCCAAGCUCCUCGCAGCAGGAUCUGACAUCUGCGCUGAUCUCGGAGCCGCAGACCCCCCCGGUCCCCACCGCGACCAACGGUACCAGCGAAGCCCCUGCAGAAACGACCAACAGCCACGACCCCGCGCCAGCCCCCGAGCCUCCCUCCUCCGCGCCAUCGUCUUCGUCCCUCAACCUCCUGGCCUCCCUGACCCCCGAGACCUUCAACCUGGACAGUUCGCAACGAGGGAAGCAGAAGAUGAACAAGCAGAGCUUCCUGCAGCCCCAGAACGGGAGCGGCCUGGCACGGGGCGGCAAAUCCGGAGACGACCCCCUUAAUAUGCUGGACCCGCUGUGGACUCUGAACAAAACCUAAGACUGGGAUCAGGAAAUCGGACUUUACUGUAACUGGUGAGGGGUCUUCUAAGAUCUGCCACAAUCCUGGGGGUGAGAAGAGGAGUCACAUGACCCUGUAGAUACCCCGCACCCCACUAACCUCUGUAUAACACUCCCUACAGCCUUAAUGUGACACUAACCGGAGACGGCAGAACUCGGGGACUUCUUACCAUGAUCAGAUUCUUGUCCGGCUCCAGGAAUAACACUUGAUAGGAGAAGCUGUGGACCCCGUAUUGUAAACUGGACGACUUCUCCAGGGAGGAAUCAAACUUUUAGUCGCUGACCUGUCCUGUCUGCUGUGGACGGCUCCGAGGGGACGUCUAGGACGUGAGCGGGUGACGUAUAGGAUAUGGUACAAGCAGCAUAGACCAGAUCGUCUGUGUAUAGUCACAUAUUAGUUGCCCAUGUGGAUGUUCUAUGUUUGGGGGGAAGCAAAGGCUUAUGGGCCGGAAGGAUCUGUAGGGAUCAGGUCUGUGGCCAUUGCUUGCUGAGGUGUCCGGGGGCCCUGACAGUUGUUGUUCACCUUGCGCUGCCUUCGGUUUAUCCCAUUACAUUGUAGUAUGGUUGCGGUUGUCUCGUGCAGCAUGCGCCCUCUGCACCAAUUGAGCUUAAAGGGGUACUCCGCCCCUAGACAACAUUUCUCCUAUCCAAAGGAUAGGGCAUAAGAUGUCUGAUCGCGGGGGUCCCACUAUUGGGGACCCCUGUGAUCUCAGCUGCGGCACCCCAGACAUCUGGUGCACGGAGCGAACUUCACUCAGUGUCUGAUGACUGGCGAUGCGGGGCAGAGGCUUGUGACGUCAUGCCCCGCUUGUGACAUCAUGGCCACACCCCCUCAAUGCAAGUCAAAGGGAGGGGGCGUGACUGUAGCCACGCCCCCUCCCAUAGACUUGCAUUGAGGGGGUGUUGCUGUAAUGUCUCGAGCCUCCAGAGCUGCACCCAACGCUCUAAAUGAACGCGAGGAGCAGCAGGGAGAUCACGGGGGUCCUCAGCGGUGGGACCCCUGCAAUCAGACAUCCACUAUCCUUUGGAAAGAGAUGUCUAGGGGCGGGGUACCCCUUUAAUGGUAACACUCGGGCGCCCCCCUAGUGUUUGCUGUGCAUGUUCGGAGCAGCAGAUAUCACAGCCCCCCCUCCCCCUGUAUUUUAGGCACCAACAUUCCCAUGACCUCUGGCUUUCUGUACAUCUCUGGGCCUCGCCUGUAGUCACCACCUCGUAUUCUCUCGUCCUGAGGGAUCGCUCUGCCUGGACUUAAAGGGGCCGCGCUGCUUUUAAAAGACUGAAACAGACUUUACUGAACCUGGGUGUGAAAACGAACGAUAACUUUAUACCUGUUCAGCCGCAUUAUACUCUGUGAAUAUUAUAACGUGUAAUCUCCAAUGUGUAUUUUAUAACCGUCAUGAUCGGCCGAUGUGUACAGUAUGAAUAAUCCUAUUUUAAAUUAUGAAAUAAAUCCUGAAA